CACGCUCCCCUCGCGGCCACCGUAGGCGCGGCGCCCCCCUGCCGAUCGCCUCCCCACAUUCUCCCGCUUCCUAACUCCUAACGUGUCCGCCGUUUCCCCCACCCGUCCCCCACCUCCCUCCUCUGAUCUUUUUCCCCAUCCCUCGCGCGCGCGCGCACAUUGUAUCGCCGCGCUAGAAGGCAGCCACGAACCGGUGCUGCUCCACUGCGUACGGACAGAUCGAGCCACCGCGCGGGGUUCUUGCGCGCGCGUGCAGUGCGUGCGUAGCUCGAUCGAGAUCGGCUGCAUGGCGUCCUUCAGCCACUUCGAAGCAGUGCCGGAGCCCAGCGUGGAGGUGGAGCACCCGGCCGUCGACGCAUGCGACGUUGGAAGCGGCUCGGUAGCGACGACCACGAUGGAGGAAAGCGGGGGUUCGGUGGUGCAUGACUUGGCGUCCGAGCUGGCAGCGGAGGUGUCUGCGUCACAGGAGCCCGAGGAAGAGAAGCAGCCGGUGGCCAAGCUGGGAGAGGAGCCGAAGGCGACGACUGGAGAUGAUCAGGAGAGCACGCGGGAGCGGCUGAAGCGGCACAGGCUUGAGAUGGCCGGGAGGGUGUGGGUGCCGGAGAUGUGGGGGCAGGAGAAGCUGCUCAAGGACUGGGUGGACUGCGCCGUCUUCGACCGCCCGCUGGUGCCGACGGGGCUGCUCACGGCGCGCCGGGAGCUCAUCGCCGAGUGCUGCACGCGCCGCCAGGAAACAACGUCGACAGCGGCCUCGGCCGACUCCAGCCCGCUCCGGGUGCAGAACGGAUGCUCCAGCCUUUGCUCCACUCGCAUUAGCUAGUCGUGGAUCGAUAUGCCUUCUUUUAUUUCCUCAAAUAAGAUAUCCUUAUGUGAAAUUAUGUAUGUUGAAAUAUUGGCGUUAUUAUAAAAUUGGUAAAAUUGGCAAAUUG